AUGAUGUUUUGGUAUCUUUCGUUAAUCAAUAAACAACAAAUCGAAUAUGGUGGAGAGAUAAACCCUAAUGCGGAAAAAGAGGUGAUAAAAGUAAAAAGUAAAGUUGGCAAGUCGAAUGGAGGUCGUAAACGGAGGAAAGGUGAAAGGAAGGGUGCAUUCUCUGAAACAAGAAGGCGUGGUGGUUCUAAUGCAGAAAUAGCUUACAAAGCUCCACAGUAUGAUAUGUCCCAAGUUUCGCAAUAUCUUACUCCUAUUCCACAAGGUAAACAAUCAUAUCUUCUGGAACAUGAUGAGGAACUUGAGGCAUACAGUGAUUCGGAAGACUCUUCCGAAGAAGAGAUUCACAGUCGUAGAUAUUAUCAUCACGGUGAUGGUUAUGUUUCGGACGGGACGGAUGGCGGAUACCUUGAUGACAAUCAAGACUUCUUUAAUGGUGAUAAUAUGGCGACAUUUAAUUAUAAUGGGAGCACGGAUGAUUUUGACGGAGAAAGCAAUUCUAUUACACCCACUCGGUCACCACCUCAAAAUGGAAAGUCAUCUUUGCUGUCUUUUAAGAAUCGGUUGACGGCUUCAUCGAAUGCCCGACACUCAGCGAACAACCGAGCGAAAAGCCCAGUAAAGCCACGGCCAGUAAGUCCUGGACCGAGACAUGGCCAUCCUAAAUCAUCUACAUCUAAGAAGAAUUUGAAAGUAAUAAAUUCAUCAGGCGGUGAGGAUGAAGAUGAUGAUGUUCCAUUAGGUCUUUAUAGAUCGACUCUUAUCAAAUGA